AUGCUGUCGGCGGUGGAAACGUUAGGUUCCGCUGGUGCGGUGCCAGGCCGUGUGCCGCCGUACUCACGCCACCAUGCUCACCAGCCGCCGCCGCAUCAGCAUCAUCCAGCGCAGCAUCAUCAUGCGUACCAUCCGCUGCACACGAUCCUGUCACCGUCGGCAAUCGGUGGCCAGCUGCAACUGCCACCGUUGCUUGGUGCGCAAUCGUCCCUGGGCCAUGCGAUACCAUCGGUCGGUAACGAGUUUGUUCGGCCGUACCCGAAGCAACGAUAUGAAGAAAACCGUUGUUUCGGCAUACCGUCUGCAUUAACAACGGAGCAACGUCUCAAGUAUGGUGAUCCGCCACCAGCAUCUGCUCCCGGUUCGAACGUACUCAUACACCCACAAACUGGCCCGGUCAAUUUGGCGGUCAGCAGCCAUGGAGGCGGAAGCGGUGGAGGAGGGGACGAGUUUGCCAGCGGUUCACUCACCUACACGCAGUGUCAUCAAACCUCCACCAGCAAUCCAAUCCAGUCGGAUGGAUCGAAGUAUUCGCCCGGUGCCACUAUACAGUCGGCCACUUAUCAGCAAAAGUUGCAACAGGAACAACAACACCAACAAAUGCUCGAGUUUCUUGGAGCACAGCAGCAAACGACCGGCAACCGUAUGGUUUGCUUUCCGACGAUGGGUUCGCUCGAUGUGUUCGGAGGAUACUCGCCACUAAACUACGAUAUGUAUCCGUACAGACGUGUUCAUGGACGUCCAACGUAUAUACCACCACCCAACCAUCGACCACUGGAGCAGCGCUACACCAGUGGUGCGGCCGCAUUUUUGCCACCGAGAGCUCCCCCACCGCCAUCAACGGACACGUCCAGCACUAACAGUCGGCUACCGAAAGCGGCCGCCGCACCAGUUGCCAUCAAGUCUAAAUUGUGGCACAUGCCACUAUCGCCACCAGCACCCCCAACGCCACCAUCGCACCAUACUUCAAGAGACAUCUCGCUGCCAACAUCAUCCUCCUCCACAUCGUCGUCAUCCUCCUCAUCCAACGCACCGAACACUGCCGAGAUGGACACGCUCGUUGCGUCGUACAGAGCGCUCAAAUCAGCUCAGCUGCAGCAUGCCUACCCAAGAAUGUGGGCACCGCCGGAUCCGUUACAGCACCCGCCGACUAAUGCCACAUAUUUGAACGAUCUGCCCAGUAUCGUUGGACCGGAGGAGGACAAAAAUGGCUUACAGUCGUCGUACCCGUUGAUUGCCGCCCACAGUGCACCGAUCAAUCAUAUACCGACCCUGCAGGAUACGUAUAUGGCUUCCGUCCAGCGGCAUCGUCCUAAGUUCGGUUCCAUAUCCGGCACCAGUACGAGCGCCAGCACAUCUUCAUCCACGCCCAGUCACAUGCAGCAGGAGUUUAAGGUUCCUUUAGGUAUGGAAGGUACGCUGAAACAGCAACGUAUCGGUGGAAGUGUGCGUGUCGAACCACCCCAAACAACAGCGGGAUUGCCGUACAACGCACACGGAGCAUUCGAUGGUGGUGCUGGCAGCAGUAGUCGCCGAUGUAGCUACGAAGUAGAAUCACACGACGUGGCGGAUGAUAUUGCUGCCCAUCAACAUAUACUGCAUACGACGGUGUUGAAGCCCAAAAUGUUUCUGCGCGGUUCGAUGAUCUCUUUCCGGAACGGGGUAAAGAAACCUGUCGAGCAGGUACGGCUGGAGGAUUUCUUGCGCACGGCGGCAAUCUCGCCGGACGUGCGCCUUACCGAGGCAUUGACACGCCGUAUCACACCUCGCUACGGUAGCAGCAGUACGGGUGACACAGUCAAGAAGAUACUCGUGCGCUUCACCUACGACCAGCAGCAGCGUCAUGGUGCAAUCGAGACAACGAUGGAUUAUCCAUUCUUCGUCACGAGCAAGGGCUGGACGUCGCACAAUCCGGAAGUUACCUACAACAACUACGGGUUGGAUUGUGCUCCGCUUGAGGUGGGUGACGUGUUUAUCGUGCUAGUGCCGCGUCAUCUCCCACACGAGAGUAUUUCCCUACCAACACAGCUAACUGCUACUAAUACCACCGAGCAGCGAUCCUCAUCGAUCGAUCACUUCGCGAUGCAGCAGAAUCUAAAAGAGGACGAAAAGAAGCUACACAUCGCGAACGCUUUUUCGUUGAAUCCGACCGUUAGCCAAUGUUCGCCCACUGAGGAGAAUGCAUUUCUCCAGCACCACCACCACCACCAUCGACAGCAACAGCACGGUGCAGAAAAGGGGAACCAAACGCCGGAUGAGCAACAGCAGCAACGGCGGCACGAGGAAAAUGGUGGCAGUGCUUCGGUUAGUCCGACGAUCAUCGUCGAAGAUAACAAUCCUAUAACGCCACCGCACCACAGUUGGAUGACGCUAAAGCCAUCCGGUGGGGGCGGAAGCGGCGGUUCUGGCAAGCGUCGCCAGGACGGACAAAGGCGUGCCACUGCCAAGCGCAAGCUUACGGAAACACAAACCCAGGAUGUGUUCCGUCCGGACGAGAGAGCGGAUUGUUCCAGCAUCGAAAACACACGCCGUGCAAUGGGCAGUACUACUGCUACCGAACCGGUGGAAUAA